AUGCGCAUCAUGUGCCAGUUGUUCACGGUCUAUUAUUUCUCUCCUUUGGCCAAUGCAGAAGUAUCGACCGCUGCUGGAAACCAUUUCGGGAACGCGUCCGUCAAUGUGGCCACUGAUGCUCUCCUGGAAGAGCCCGCAUUGAAUGGAUCAGGACAUUUGACACAUGUCGUGACCACGGGCGAGACUGACCAGGAAACGGGGACCAGCGAGGAGAGGAGAGACCUUUUUCGGUCUUUUCAGCAGAACCUACAAUGGAAACUGAACCGCUGCUGCGCCUUACAGAAUGGUGGCAGGGAUGUGGAUAUUGGGAGAUUGGUGGGAUGGCUGAAGAGCGUCAGGAGCUACCAAGUGAGAGGCCACGAGAUGAGUGACUCUGCGGUACUAAAUGUACUACAGCUUGCUUGGAAGGCUUGGGAGAUAGAGACGGUGGUAAAUCUACUUCACUCGCUACGUGACAUUCCUGGCUUGAAACGUCGCGCAGACUCACUGCAGCGAACUCUUGCUAAAACGUACCCACAUCACGCCUAUCCAGCGGUACUUAAUGCGUGGCGAGGUUCAACGUGGACUCCCUUCGAAGCUUUCGAAGUGAUUCAGACUGAAAAACUGGGAGAUUACAAAUCCAGGGCCCUUGUGGGGAUAUGGCUAUGGUACGCGAUGGCGCACGGAGGCCCAUCUGGUCUUCCGUCGAUUUCAGUCGAACAGAUAGGUAAGCUCUUGUUUCGAGGUUUACGUCGGGAACGCGUGCAACGGUUUCUCUUUGAGGCUUGUCAGGUAAAAGGGAUGAAGAAGCUCGUCGAGCAGUUGGAGCUGUACGUUCAUAGAAACGGUCGUGCGUUAUUCAAAGAAGGCCCCGUCGUUGAUGCUGCUUGA